AUGGCUGUUGUGCACGCCGGCCCAACUGACUCCUGGCAUGGAGUUAUCAAGCAAGAGAGCCAAUUCCCACCCGAAGCUGGUCGUUAUCACCUCUACGUCGGGCUCUUCUGUCCAUUUGCGCAUCGUGCUCUCCUUGUACGAUAUCUUAAAGGGCUGGAAUCUCUCAUCGAUGUAUCGGUUGUGAUGCCGUAUCCCAAGGGCGACGGCGGCUGGCCAGGCUGGAGAUUCCCUACUUCAAAUGACGAAUACGCGGGAGCGACUGUAGACAAAUUAUUCGGGUCCAAGCACAUUCAUGAGGUCUACUUCAAAGCUGAUUCUGAAUACAAAGGAAAAUACAGCGUUCCGGUACUAUGGGACACCAAAGAGGGAACCAUUGUGAACAACGAAAGCGCUGAGCUGCUGCGCUGGCUUCCAACCGCCUUUGAGGAUAUACUGCCCAAAGAGGGACAUAAAUACGACCUGGAUCUCUACCCGACGCACUUAAGAAGCCAAAUUGAUGAAAUUUCUGAGUGGAUGCAGAGAAAUCUAAAUUCUGGAGUUUACAAAGCCGGAUUUGCAGAGACACAAGAGGCCUACGACAAAAAUGUGCCUGUUGUCUUUGCCGCCCUAAACCAUCUGGAAAGUCUCAUCCACCACAACGGUGGGCCAUACAUUCUAGGUAGCCAUCUUACAGAACUAGACAUCCGCGCAUACACGACGAUUAUACGGUUCGACGCUGUCUAUGUCCAGCACUUCAAAUGCAACCUGGGGACCAUUCGCGCAAAUUACCCUGUCAUUCACGAAUGGCUGAAGAAUCUGUAUUGGAAUGUAAAGGGAUUCAAGGAGACGACAGAUUUCAAACACAUUAAAGAAAACUAUACGAAGAGUCACCCGAAAAUCAAUCCACUAGCAAUAACUCCUCUAGGUCCGUAUCCGGAAGUGGAGGAAGGCAUCAACUUGAACUUUGCCGAGCUUAAGCCAGGCUCUGUGAGGCAUCCAAUUGUGCUUGAGAGACAGGCUGAAUUAUAUAACUAG